AUGAUGGAUUUCCAGGCGGUUCUGGGUGAUUUCAUUCAACUGUCAGCGCGGAGUGUUUUACUAUCGCUGCUAUGUUAUGCUGCUAUACUAAUGCUCAUGUUCUGGCGUCGAUCCGGGCCACGGCAGUUACCGGGUCCGUUCCCGUGGCCGGUCAUCGGUAACGCCGCUCAGCUCGGUUCCUCACCUCACUUUUACUUCACCCGGAUGGCUCAGAAGUACGGCGACGUGUUUCAGAUCAAACUGGGCAGCCGGAACGUGGUGGUUCUCAACGGAGACGCAAUUAAAGAGGCGCUAAUUAAAAAAGGUGUCGAUUUCGCCGGCAGACCCGAUUUCGCUUCUUUCCGGUUCGUGUCCAGUGGGAAAAGCCUGGCGUUCGGUAACUACAGCCAGUGGUGGAAACUGCAUCGGAAGAUCGCACACAGCACCGUGAGAACGUUCUCCACAGCCAACAUUCACACCAAGCAGACUUUUGAGAAGCACAUCGUGAGCGAGAUCGGAGAGCUCAUCGGUUUGUUUCUGAAUAAAACCCGCGAGCAGCAGUACUUCGAACCUCACCGGUACGUGGUGGUGUCGGUGGCGAACACCAUGAGCGCCGUUUGCUUCGGGAACCGAUACGCGUAUGAUGAUGAGGAGUUCCUGCAGGUGGUGGGCAGAAAUGAGCAGUUCACCAAGACAGUCGGAGCUGGAAGCAUCGUGGACGUGAUGCCCUGGCUGCAGUACUUCCCAAACCCAAUCAAAACUCUCUUUGACCAGUUUAAAGAACUCAACAAUGAGUUUAACGAGUUCAUUCAUUCCAAAGUGGCGGAGCACCGCAAGACUAUUUUACUGAGCCUCGUCCGUGACAUGACUGAUGCGUUCAUCGUUGCUCUGGAUAAAGGGCUCUCAAGGGGGCCGGGGGUCUUUCUGGAUAAAGAGUACGUGCCAUCGACCAUCUCAGAUAUUUUUGGGGCCAGUCAAGACACUCUAUCUACGGCUCUACAGUGGAUCAUUCUGCUACUAGUCAGGUAUCCAGAAGUCCAGAAACGUCUUCAGGAGGAUGUUGACAAAGUAGCGGAUCGCAGUCGCCUUCCAACCAUCGCAGACCAGCCUCAUCUUCCAUAUGUCAUGGCUUUCAUCUACGAAGUCAUGCGAUUCACCUCGUUCAUCCCUGUAACGAUUCCCCACAGCACAACCACAGACACGUCCAUCAAUGGUUAUCCCAUCCCUAAAAAUACCGUCAUUUUCGUCAACCAGUGGUCUUUGAACCAUGACCCGACCAAAUGGGACCAACCAGAGGAAUUCAACCCACAGCGCUUCCUGGAUGAGGAUGGAGCUCUCAACAAAGACUUAACCACCAACGUGCUGAUCUUCUCCGUGGGGAAGCGUAGAUGCAUUGGAGAAGACCUGUCCAAGAUACAGCUUUUCCUCUUCACCUCCUUGCUGGUCCAUCAGUGUAGUUUUACAGCAGAAAGGACUCCCAGCAUGGACUUUCUGUAUGGGCUCACGCUUAAACCCAAAGCCUUUAAAGUGUCUGUCACACCCCGUGACAGCACAGAACUGCUGGAGAGCUUGGUAGGAACAUCUCAAACUCCUACAGAAAUGAGACAGAGACCUCAAGUUUGAAGUGAAAUCAAAGCACACAGCUGAAAUACUUUGCCAAAUGAAGGUGGCUAAGAAAACAAACACUGAAGACUCUCUCAUAUAUGCAUUAUAUCAAUAUAUUUAUUGACAUCAUACUCAGGCGAAAACUUUUUUUUUUGGCUCAGAAUGAGCUACAGGAAUAAAAAUGAUGCACUGAUUUAUGGUAUAUUAUGCGAGAGUAGAAAAGCAGAAGCUACACAACAGGACACUGCAUGGUUUAUUCAGAGAAAUAAAAGUUGGUUUCUAAGACUAGAAUUCUAAGAGACAUUUA